AGGCGAGGACCGAGUCCUCGAAGAGCCGGACCCGAGCGGAACCGCGCGCCGAGCUGUUCCAGCUGCAGACGGAGGGGGGCGUGGUGGUGCGCAGGUAAACGCUUGUCAACGACGCGCGUUUUUAUUUACUCCUCUUCCUCCUGGUGGGCUGCGGGGGGGGGAAGAGGAGGCAGAGAAGAGCACAGCUCGUGAUGGGACGCGAGCCGCGAGGAUGAGCCACAGAACCAGCCCGAUCCGAGCCUACGACUUCCUGCUGAAGUUCCUCCUGGUGGGAGACAGCGACGUGGGGAAGGGGGAGAUCCUGGAGAGCCUGCUGGACGGAGCGUCCGAGUCCCCGUACGGCUACAACCUGGGAAUCGACUGCAAGACGACGACCAUCCUCCUGGACGGGAGGCGAGUCAAGCUGCAGCUCUGGGACACAUCGGGACAGGGUCGGUUCUGCACCAUAUUCAGAUCCUACUCCAGAGGAGCACAGGGAGUAAUCCUGGUGUACGACAUCACCAACCGCUGGUCCUUCGAUGGGAUCGACAGGUGGAUCAAAGAGAUCGACGAGCAUGCACCGGGAGUGCCCAAGAUCCUGGUCGGGAACCGCCUCCACCUCGCCUACAAGCGUCAGGUGACGAUGGAGCAGGCGCAGGUGUACGCCGAGAAGCUGGGCGUCACGUUCUUUGAGGUGAGCCCGCUCUGCAACUUCAACAUCACCGAGUCGUUCACGGAGCUCGCCCGCAUCGUCCUCAUGAGGCACGGCAUGGAGCGCCUGUGGAGGCCCAACAAAGUGCUGAGUCUUCAGGACCUCUGCUGCCGCUCCAUUGUCUCCUGCACGCCUGUCCACCUUGUGGACAAGCUGCCCCUGCCCCACACCCUCAAGUCCCACCUCAAGUCCUUCUCCAUGGCCAACGGUCUCAACGCUCGCAUGAUGCACGGACGCUCCUACUCCGUCACCGCCGCCGCUCACCACAGCGCCGCCAAGAGGAGUGGAGGAACGCUUCUUAAAAAGCCAAAACUGAUCCGACCGCCGCCGCUCAGCCCGACAACGCAGGGCUGCAGAAACAGCUGCAAAAUAUCCUAACGGCAGCGGACGCACCAACGGCUGUGGACGGGACGUGGCUGAGUAUGAAGCAAUGUGUGAAGAGAAGAAACGGGAGGACGCGUCAAGUUGAACCUCUGACCAGAGAAGUUGGUGGCAAAUUACUGAACAGCUUCUUCUUCUGCUCAUUCAUCGUGAUGAGUUUAAAGACAAUGUCAGGGAAUCUGUUCGAGUCUGUAAUGUAAUAUAGCGUGGCAUUAGUGACUAUUUAGUAACAUUUAAAUAUAAAAUAUAAAAAUCUAAAUUUUUUUAACGUGAAAUAUUCUCAAAAUGCCAUCAAAGUUCAAAAUGAUCUAAUUGUAAAAACAAUUUAUUUAUUUUGAUUCCAAUACAAAAUCAAAAAGGACUUUCCCUUACAUAUUUUCUUUUUUUCAUGACUUUGCAUUUUUUUUAGAAUCUGUUUGUGAUUCUUAGUCAUUUACAGCUUUCUCACGAUAUCCCAUAAACUCUUUUAACUGUAAGAAGAAAAGCUAAGCUUGAUCAUAUAAAAACCUACGUUUGUCAAAAAAGAAAUCAUAAAAACGUACAUUUUAUUCUGUAUAAGUUGCGUCCCACUUAUUCUGUCAUUUUCGCCUUUUUAGCCAUUUCCUCUGUAAUGAUGCCUACUGUUAAAAUGAGAUGUGUACAUCUCCCCUGUAAUCACCAAAAUUACAACUAACCAUUAAAAAUAAUAUAUACAUA